AUGCCUGAGAUCGUCUUCAUUACUGGAAAUCCUCACAAAGUCUUGGAGGUGAAAUCCGUCCUGGGCGAUAGUGUGUGUAUCAGACCGGUGGCUCUAGAGAUGCGCGAAAUCCAGGGUACUUCAGAAGAGAUCGUGCGAGACAAAUGCCGUACCGCUGCUGAGAUUAUCGGCGGGCCCGUCCUCGUGGAAGACUCGGCUCUGGAGAUGCAUGCCCUGAAUAGACUGCAAGGGCCAUAUGUGAAGGCUUUCGUGGGUGCAACCGGCAAUCUCGGUCUGUGCCGUCUGCUAGAACCGUACGAGAAUAAAGCCGCCGAAGCAGUGUGUAUGCUCGGCUACUCCGCUGGCCCUGGAUCUGAGCCAGUACUAUUGCAAGGAAGGCUCUUGACGUCUCAGGGUCAGAUAGUGUCCGCAAAGGGUAUCUCAUCGUUUGGGUGGGAGUCAAUAUUCGAGUUCGAAAGUGAGACUCUGGCAGAGAUGGAUGUCCAGAAGAAGAAUCGGUUGUCACAUUGGUUCAGAGAUCUAUCGAAGUUCAGGGAAUGGGUUCAAGCUGGAGGUUCGGGUUCGUAUUCAUGUUCGGGUUCGUCUUGA